CUGUGUGUGUGUGUGUGUGUGUGUGUGUGUGUGUGUGUGUGUGUGUGUGUGUGUGUGUGUGUGUGUGUGUGUGUGUGCAUGUGACUACAACAUCUCCCAUCAUGCCUCACUAAAACUCCGUGUACGGCGAGCACAGAGGGACAUUCAGCUCUGGAAACUCAUUUUUCCCACAACACAACUGUUGUGACAUGUGUGUAGUUAAUGUGUGUGUUGGGGAGCUCAGUGUGUGAGUGAGAGAGAGAGAGUGCAUGUGUGUGCGUGUGCGCGCGGCCGAGCAGCGUGCCCAGUGAGAGAGCGCGGAGCAGAAGUGUGUGAGCCUGCAGGAGCCGCUGAGGACGGGCACGGCGACGGGACAGAUAGGGAACUUCUGUGCAGUGCAGCAGUAGAGCGCCAGCUCUUCAGCACUCCGGGAGUUGUUCUUUUCGCCACCAUUCUUCACGCCAAGGUAACCUUAUUUUGGGAGUAAGCCCCAGAGGAGAAGUCAUCCCUGGCCCUGGAGAAGGUCUCCCCUGCGUCCCCCAACCACGGUUAGGAGACCGAAGGCAGGGAUGGUUAACACAACUCCUGCUUCCAGCAUGGCCACCGGAGCAGCUUUUGAAUGUUUUUUUGAAGCUUCUUGGAAGAAGUUUUCCGUCAUCCUGACAGGAAGAACAAACGGAGCUCAUCCGUCUGUUGUCAGAACCUUUAAAUCUGUGGGUCAAACUGAGGCGAGGUCUCCUGAAGACGCUGACUACUGUCUGGUUUUCUGUCCCAUCUCGUCUCGGGUUGGGACAGACGUCAGUGAGGCCAUGGAGCAUCUUCCUGCUGGUAAAGCCGCCGUUCUGGUGGUGAUGCAUCACACCUUCAAUCCUGAACAAGUGAUUCCUCCGAGCCGCAGAGUGGUGACAGACCAGAGAGUCCAGCUGACUCUGGACUGUCUGUUCUACCAGGACGAUCUGCUCAGCUGUGAACUCAACAGGAACAUGAAGAAAAACAUCCAGACGUUCUUCAGAGCCUCCCGGUCACAGGGAACAGAGUCACUGCUCUACUUGGAGGGUCGGGUCUCCGCUCCGCCGUCCAGAUUCUUCCAGGCUCGGAGGAACAGGAUUCUCAUCGUCGUCGCAGGUCUGCUCCUUCUCCUCAUCAUCAUCAUCCUGGCCAUCUUAAUUUUUCCAAUGUUCUAACUCUGCCCUGGAGACGCAGUCAAGAAGACAAACAGCGUCUGCGUCCAAACCGUCCAGCAGGCAGGACCUGUGAGAAUGUCGUCAGUUCAAUGACUGGAGGUUGAUCAGGUGAUGAUUGGUUGUGUAGCGGAGAAACAUGAAGAGUAAGAACAUCAGGAUCCCAUCCUGUGAUGUUUGGAUGUAAAUUAAGAGGAAGGGGAAAAAAAAAGAUUUUUGACCGAGGCUUAUCUGUGGAAAUGACAUGUUUAAUUUAGUGUGACUGAUCACAUGACCUUCUGUUGGUUAAAACACUGCCUCCGUCUCAUUGGAAACAGGACAAAAGGUAACUUUUUGAAAACACUCUGCCUCUGUCUCCAUGGAAACGGGGCAAAUGCAACUUUUUGAAAACACUGCCUCCGUCUCCACGGAAACGCGGCAAAAGGCAACUUAUU